AUGAUCAAACGUUCCGAAAAAUUUGCCAGUGAAGAUAAGAAAAUAAAAGAACGUGCUGAUGUCAAAAAUGAACUUGAAUCAUGUUCUUAUUCAUUGAAAAUUCAAUUAAAUGAUAAAGAAAAGCUUGAUGGAAAACUCUCAAGUGAUGACAAAACAACAAUUGAAACAGCCGUUGAAGGACAAAUCAAAUGGCUUGAAUCAAAUCCAGAUGCUGAUGUCGAUGAAUUAAAACAACAUAAGAAAGAACUUGAACGAAUUGUAAUACCAAUUAUUGCCAAUUUGUAUGGAGAAGAUGAUCCCAAUUUCAUCGAUCCAAACUUAAAUGCAUUGGUCUAA